UUACGAUUGAUUUCCAAGUUGAAAUUAUGUACAAUGCAUACAUUGACUCUGUAUUUUAGGUAUGGAAGAAGUGGCAUGUAUUUGAGUUUUGGUAUUUGGAUACGGGUCACGGGCUUGUUCAGCCUAUUUUUGAUUGGCCUUUGGGAUGGUUUUGUUACACAGACCUGGCAACCGUACAAAAACAACUUCCUUGGGCGACACACAUUACAGGAACGCUACAGGUCUGGUUACCAUGGUUACAGCUGUUUAAACACUAAGGACCGAAAUGGCCACAUGCUAAUUCGACUUAACAAGUAGCCUACAUAUGAUUAAUAACAAUGUCAAAAUCAAAGCAAGACCAACUGUCCGAGUUGAAUGUGCAGAGGGAGACGUGGUGUCGCGUGGAGACAACCAGUAGGUUCUGGAAUUUACCUGAAAGGAAACACUUCCGUUGUCACCUCCAGAACACCUGUGACUUAAGCGCGCAGCAGACCGCGCGCUCCGAGCAGCGCUCCUCCUGGAUGGACAGCGACAACAACACCAACACCAGACAUCCCGAGCGAAGACACUUUGAUGACAGCUAUAAAACUCAUCAGGUGUUAGGAACUGCAAUCAACCUCUAUGAAGAGUAACUGUUUUUCUCCAGACAGCAAUAAACGUGUAAUGAACCUAUCUGGCAAUAAAAC